AUGCAACCCUCACUUCUACGGCUGCAGCCAAAGGCACCCGUGAUAGCAACGCCACCCUCACUAGGCACGCAAGUGGUCCAGCUAGAGCGCGAUCGAGACGAAGCGAAGAGGGAGGCAGCGGCGCUGAAGACGGAGGUCUUGCGACUUAAUCAGGCGCGACGAGACAGUGAAAGGUCCAGAGCCGAGCUGGAGAAGAAGCUUGACAUCGCCAACAAAGCCCAGAGAUUGCAGCGAGAGCGGCGUGAGCGUAGGAUGAAGCGUGCCACAGUGCACAAGCAGCAGCUGGAGAAAGUGAAGAGCGUGGCGAGAGGAGCGAUGCACGAGGCCAGGAUGCUCAGGAGCAAGGGGAAAGCCACAGGAAAGGCGGUUGAAGCAGUGGACCAAUUCCUCUCCAAGAACAAGGAGAUCACAGGAGACAGCUUCUUCGGUAUAGGCAGGAAGUUCGACGACUUGAGGGCCUCGAUCGCGGAGAUCCCAGAGACCGACUCAAACACCGCCACGAACGAGGCGGGCCUGAAGCGAAGAGUGGGCUACAUGGAUGGGAAAGUGUUCGUGGUCUUUGGCGAUCUCGAGGGAGCGAAGGCAGGGAGCGGCCAGCGGGCUGAGUCCAGUCAGGAGAAAGCAUCUUCGCUGCUGGGCAAUGGAUCCAUGAUCAUGGGCGAAGCCAAUGGCGAGACACAGGCCAUUGCCACAGAUGGCGUUGAGGAGAGGUCGUCGGUCAUGUGA